GUAUCAGGUUCAGAAAGACGCGCGGGAUCGUUGAGCACAGAGCAGAACGUCCUCGUUUCAUGCACAAUCUGGUCUUGAAAGUAAAUCUUUGGGCUUUGGCGUUAAAUUAGGAGGAAAGUUAUUUAACUUUUCCCGGUUCAUCACAUAAAACUCCAAAGACCUAUUGCAAUUGACAAUAUGAUUUGGGGAAAGUCCGAAUCUUAACUCCCGAUAAACGCCUCUUCUUACAAUCAUUAACCGGACAAAUACGAAGUGGCGCACUGUGAACUGUAUAAAAGGGAGCUGAGAAAAUCAAGGUGGAAUCGUCCUCAACCCUGGUCGCACCAUGCGGUUUUCCACUACUGUGUGCAUUUUAGUCGGCAUCUUCACUUUGGCAGCAAAUGGGUUAACAAAGCUUCGAUGGUGUGUUACUUCUGGUCCUGAGAUGAAAAAGUGCAACCAAAUGAAGGAAGCCUUUGAAUCUGCAAAAAUUCAACCCUUGAUAUCCUGUGUCACUGGAAAUUCAGCGAUGGAUUGCGCAAAAAAGAUAGUGAUCAAAGAAGCAGAUGCGGUGUCUUUAGAUGCCGAGAAGCUUUACCAGGCUACAAGGGGACAUGAACUAAAGCCAGUGGUUGGAGAGCAGUAUGAUCCAGAAGCUGGAACCUUUUAUUUUGUCGUAGCCAUUGUUAGAAAAUCAGACAAGUCAACCACUAUCAGCAAUCUGAAAAUGAAAAAGUCCUGCCACGGUGGAUACGAUAGCGUAGCAGGAUGGAAGGUUCCUAUCGGUUAUCUGAUUUACAAUAGGAAAAUACCGGUGACGGGUUGUAAGAUUCCACAAGCUGUGAGUAAUUUCUUCACACAAAGUUGUGUCCCUGGAGCACAAGGUGUGGAUUACCCAUCAAGUCUUUGCCAAUUGUGUAUCGGUGAUGAACAGGACAAGUACAAAUGUACAGGGGAUUCCAGGGAGAGAUAUUAUGGUGACAGUGGAGCAUUCAGGUGCCUAGCUGAAAAUACAGGUGAUGUCGCCUUUGUUAAACAUUCCACUGUCUCGGAUAAUACAGAUGGAACUAAUGUCUCUCCAUGGGCAAAGGACCUGAAAUCUACUGACUAUCAACUUCUGUGUCGAGAUGGAAGCCGUGCUGAAGUUUCGGACUGGAAGGCAUGCCAUCUCGCCAGGGUGCCCACACGUGCAGUUGUAGUGAGAAUGGAUACUGAUGGCACAGCCAUCUUCAAUGUACUGGAUGCAGGUCAGAAACAAUUUGGCAUCAAUUCCGCUGGAUUUAAGAUGUUUGAUUCCACUUCAUAUAAUAGCAAAGACUUGCUGUUCAAGGAUGCCACCAAAGAAUUAUCUCUUGUCAGAAACCAAACUUAUCAGGCCUGGCUGGGAACAGAGUAUCUACAAUCUUUGCAAGGACUUGAUUGCUACAGCCUGCCAGAGACUCUGCGCUGGUGCACGCAGUCCAGAGGGGAAAUACUGAAAUGUGGAGCUAUGGCUGAAGCGUUCAACAAUAAAAACCUGACACCACCGAUUCAAUGUGUGUCUGGUGACAAUCCCAGUGACUGCAUGAAAAAAAUUAAGAAUAAAGAAAUUGAUGCGGUCACUUUGGAUGCAGGACAGAUUUACACAGCUGGAAAGCAAUAUGGAUUAGUGCCUGCUGCUGCAGAAAGUUACACAGAUGAUAAUGAUGGAGCAUCAUAUUAUGCCGUGGCGGUAGUAAAAAAGUCAAGUCACAAUUCGUUCACAAUUAAUCAGCUGAAAGGAAAGAAGUCUUGUCAUACUGGGCUGAACAGGACAGUUGGCUGGAACAUCCCCAUUGGGACACUGAUUGAGAGAGGUGAUAUCAAGGCUGACAAAUGCAAGAUUAGUAAAGCGGUUAGUGAGUUCUUCUCUGCGAGCUGUGUGCCAGGCGCCAAUCAGAAGGGCUAUCCAUCAAAUCUUUGUGAUUUGUGCAUCGGGGAUGUGAAAAUGCAAUCAAAGUGUGCCUUUACUGCGGAGGAACAAUACAGUGGCUAUACAGGAGCAUUCAGGUGUCUUGUAGAAGUGGGAGAUGUAGCAUUUGUCAAACAUACAACAGUUGAAGACAACACUGAUGGAAGAAAUCAGGAACCAUGGGCAGCAAAUCUAACAGCCAGUGAUUACCAGUUGCUGUGCCUGAAUGGAGCUCGGGCAGAAGUGGAUCAGUGGAGGGACUGUAACUGGGCCAAAGUUCCAUCUCAUGCAGUGAUGGUCCAUCCUACUACACCCAUCCUUACUAUCUUUGGGUUACUUGAUGCAGGACAGAAAUUAUUUGGAUCUACUAGUGACCCCAGUGACUUUCAGAUGUUUAAUUCAUCGGCCUAUGAUGGAAAUGAUCUGCUCUUUAAAGAUUCUACAGUUAGAAUGAUAUCGACACAAGGAAAAAAUACUUAUGAAGAUUGGCUUGGAAAAAGCUACCUGGAAGCAAUUAAAAAAAUUGAAUGUUCGGGUGCAGCAAUUCCAUCGCCCGUGUUGUUGCUGCUUCUACUCAUUUCAAUGUUGCACAGUUUGUGUGUGUAAGUUGCCUGCCUUGACCUGCCACCAUGACCAAAUCAGAUGCACAGAUGAGACGUCCUUGUUGAACCGAACUGCUCAAGGAGAGGAACUGGAAAACAGAAAAUACUCUGCAUCAGACAGAAUUUAAACUGCUACAGCGCUGCAAAAAAAUGGAUGCUAAAAUAAUAAAAGGACAGUAGUUUUUCUGAGUUUACUGAUGUUGCAACAGCCACAGAGCAGCCGAUUUAAGAGAAACUUGUAAAUUUAAGCAUGUUAUUUUGUUUUUGCAAGGUACAGUAAAGUGAUCUGGGUUGAUUUGUGAGUGUUGAGACAGAAGGUCAUUGUUUGUUGUAACUUAUUAGUUGCACAUUUUGUUCUUUGUACCUGUUGGCAGUGUUUCUGUAAAAGGAAAUACAACAGCAGUAGGUACAUUCCUCAUUAUUGCUGUAGAAGUAAUACUUUUAUACUGUUUACAUUUAAUGGAACUACUUAUGGAUCAAAAUAAUUUAUAUAAAAUGCUUUCAAUGUAGCUAAGCUCUUCAGCAUUUAUUGUAAAGUCUGUUCGAAAUUUUUCUGCUUGCGUUAACGAUCACUUCAGUGACUUCUCGGUAUGUAUGCAGCUGUUUGUGCUAAACAAUGAUGCCAAGUUAAACUAAUCUCUUCUGUCCGCAUGUGAUCCAUAUCCAAGUACCUAUCGGAAAACCUCUUUAAUGCACCUAUUGUAUAUACCUCUGCUACCACUGAAUAAAUAGGUUUAAGGUCAACCCUACCUCCCCACCCAAAAGUAGUUUGAGUCAUUGUGUUUGCUGCUCUUCUAAACACUCUAACCUUCUCUCACAGGAUUAGUUGGGAGGGGUGGGUCUGUGGGCGGUGGGGAGAUAACCCCUCGUUACCAGGAUGUGUAGGAAAGACCUGCAGACGCUGGUUUACACGGUAGACACAAAAUACUGAAGUAACUCAGCGGGUCAGGCAGCAUCUCUGGAGAGGAAUGGGUGACGUGCCUGACGAAGGAUCUCGACCUGAAACGUCACCCAUUCCUUCUCUCCAGAGAUGCUGCCUGACUCCAGCACUUUGUGCCUCUCCCAAGGUCAGUCCUGUCCAGCGGUUGGGGGAUGGGAGGGAAGGAGAAUGAUCCUGUCUUCAUGGUUGGGCUCCUGACCCAGGACGGAUGCAGGGGAGGGAUCCUGUGCCUGGGAAGGAACAGGAUCCGUUCAGCGGAGGGACAAUAUCCUGUCCUGAAAGGGAGGGGGGGGAGAUAGAAUCCUGCCCUCAGAGGCUGGUGGGAGAUGGGUAGUGGUGCUUUAUGGUCAAAUGUGCAACUGCACAGUGAAAUUCCUUCUUUGCAUACACUUCAGUAAAGUAUUGCCAUACCCGAGCACAAUCCCCGAUUAGAAAAUGUGCAUAAACAUCCAGAGACUGCAUGCAAGAGGCGCCACAUUUUGCUACCAUUCCAAAGUCCAGUCCGAUCCGUGCCCUGGGCCCGAUCCAGGUGAGCAUCAGGUUGCUGCAUGACGUCGUCAUCGAGUGAACCAAUGUCACCUCUCUUUACCCUUCCACCUUUGUGUCCUGGGGGCACCUCCCGCAGCCGGCCCUGAGGGCGGGGUAAGGCAAGAACCCUGGUUAUAUGGUUUUUGGCGGUCUCGAAAAAUGGGUAGUUAAUAUAGUGAAAAGGUGCAGGAUGAAGUGGAAAAUUAGCACAUAUGCAGCAGGAUAAAUAUAUUCCUAUGGUGCCAUAAAAUUCCAUGAACAAUAAAUUCAGCUGUUCUAUUAAAAGCCAUCAUUUUCCAAAUGAACUGCAGGUUCAUCUUUAACUCAAGGAGGUAAAUCCAAAGAAAUGCCUGAGGUAGGCAAUGAUUAUAUUGCCAGGGAAUCCUGUACAGAGAGGCUUGGACAUAUCUAAGAACAACGGGAAGGGAGUUUAUACGAUCUUCUGUGAAUUUAUUUAGUGAUGCUGAAGUUAGAAGCCACAUUACUAUGUAUGUAACUCCAGUGCUUUUUUUGUGGACAAAAAUAUGCAGGUACGCAUAUCAAUUAAAAAUUAAGCGAAGAUUA